CUAUGUAUACAAUAUAUAGAACGUAAUAUGUAUUAUUUCUUUUCUGCGGUAUCUUACGUAUUUAUAUUGGUUUAUGGAAAUAAUAUGUAAAAUCGUGUUGCUAAGAGCAAAACGAUUCGGCCGACACUGUUAAUAUCAUGUGGUAUAGGUGGUCACUGACACAUUGUAUAAUCUUUACAUUAUACCUAUUGCGAAAUCAUUGCCUCGAAACAUUGUUACCGUUAUUACGUAAAAACAAUCAUAUUUACCUCAUUAAUUGCAGUGUUUGCGUUUGAGCGAGGUAAUAUUAACAGGAAGCGAAAUGGACGAUUAAUCGUAUCAAACGAAACGCCAUUCCGUUUAAUGGAUAUUCUCUGUAGCUGUAAAGAGAUACAUCUUUCUUCUUUCUUUUAUUUGUACAUAUCCAUGAGUUUUGCUGUGUACAGAAUAGUGUUGUCGUCUUUUUCACAGCUUUAUGAAUAUUUUCGAGAAAAUACAUCACUUCGGUUAGACUAUGCGGUUUAACAAAUGGUGUAUUCGAGUGACAUGGGUUUUAACCCACCCGGGUCGAUUAAACCCAGCUUCAUGGGUCGAACAUGCACAGGUAAGCUUUAUGAUUGGCUAGAAAAGAUUAGAUAGCCUUGUGACAUCAUUAAUCGACCCCGGGUGGGUUAAAACUCGUGCCACUCGAAUAUGCCAAGAGUUUCGUCUCAAAUAACACGAUGAUCUCACAGAGACGAAAAAAAAUUCUUUAGAAUUAGAAAAAUAAUCUUGCGCGGGAACUUCGUUAAACUGCAAAGCAGAAGGAAUCGAAUAACAAUGUAAGCACGCGAGAAAAGACUCGAAAAAAAGAAUCAGGAAAAGCUCAGGACUUCUCGCACGCGCGCAUAUGAAGGAAACUUUAUCAGACAUUUAUAAUGCAUGUACAUGAAAGAAAAUUGGCAUGAACUCGAAUAAUCAGUUCCGGAAAUCUUUACUACCUUUCUGUCGAAGUACAUACACGCGGUACAACGCUGUAUGAUUGACUCGGCUCGAGCGACCAAAAUGAUAUUUUCAGCGCUUUUGAUGAAACGGUCGAUGAAACACGUGUCAUAUAUAGUACGAGAAUGUUCAAUAAACACACGUGUGACUUUCGUUACGAUCUGUACAUAAGUCAAUCGUGUCGAACGCAAAAACAAGCAAUUAGAUAAAUAGUUCGAAUCAUAUAUGCAUGUAUAUGUAUACGUAUAUAUAUGUUCUUCGAGUGUUUUCAUAUCUUUUUCUCCGUUUCACUAUUCGUCACCACAUAACACAUUGUAAUAAAGAGCUUAUACUAUUUCAAUGUUUUUCUCAUUCGAACGAAACCGAGCCGCUAUUACGCGCAGAAUAGAUUUUGCUCUUUAACACGUCUCGAGAUGCGCAUAGACACAACAGCGUUUCUCGAACUUGAACUUCAUUGUGAAAAAAAUGAAUGUAAAUUGCUACGUCAGCGAGACGAUCUUGCAUAGUAAUGCAAAUGCAUAUUUUUAUACAUUUCGCUAAUGUAUCCCGCGUUUAAGCGAAAUCCGCUUCGAGCAACAAAUAUACUUUGGAAAAGCAAGAGGAAUACAAAAGAGCGGAGGAUUAGCAUGCGAAUCGACUGCUUGAUCGAGAAGCGGCGCAGCGGCUUGAUCUAUCUCUUUCUCUGUUUUACACGGCUCCUCGCGACAACGCACGUGUACGAGCCAAAUCGCAGCUGUAAUUAGUCAUCCGACACAUUUUUGCGACUAUCGGUCGUCACGUCAUUAUCGCGUCAGCGUAAUUUUCGUUCCGCUCAAAAAUUCCGCCGGUGAUAUCGCCAGUUUGCGCGUAGAAUUAAUCUCCGCAUGCCCGAGCCGAGAUUAUGAUAAUUUUCUGCGGAUUGACGUAAACGACGACGCGAAGAGGCGUAAUCUCAUCCGCGCUCAUUCGGAAGCGCGCGCGGAUAUGUGUGUAUCGCUUCGAUGUGACCUUAGUAUCGCUGACACUGUUUUAGAUCCUCCGUGUCAACGGACAAAAAUAUGUAAUAUAUUCGUACGUGAGUAACCAACGGACGGAUAAUAAUGCACGGAGCGGAUGAGAAGGGGUUUUGCAGAAACGUGUCUGCUUGUAUCGUGGAAAUAGAUUAUUUAGACACGAUUGCAGUCUGCGUCCGCGAUUCGUCCGAAGAAAACGCAGGCUAUAUUACCCUGAAGCAAGAGCGUAAAGAGAAUUGUGCGAUCGCUUAAAAAAGGAGGAAAGAGAGCUCUUCUUUUCUCCUAUGAGAAUACUCAAAGUCGUAUUUUGAAUCUUUGCGAUUAAACGUUAUUUGCUCGGUUGUUCGGUCGAGUUCUAAGGACUUUUGCGUUUGCUCGAUUGCUCGCGUUUGAUCGCAUUGUAAAAUAGUCCGGCUCGGUUCAUUGAUGAAAUGACUACAUGCUGGUAUUUCGUCUUGUUGAGUUGCGGACUUAUCACCCUUACAAACGGUUUGUUUCGGACACGUGGGUUACUGCCACCGUUGAACGAUCCUAACGAAGUGCUGAGAAAUGUCGUGAACGAGAAUGGCUAUCCAUUCGAACUUCAUCAUGUAAUAACUAGCGAUGGAUAUAUAUUAGCUCUGCAUCGGAUACCACCCAGUCAUCCGAGAAAAUUAUACGGCCCACAUCACCGAGCGGUGUUAGUCAUGCACGGAUUAUUAGGGUGUUCGGCGGAUUGGGUGGUAACGGGUCGAAAUCGUUCACUCGCUUUCCUUUUAUCUGACCAUGGUUAUGACGUAUGGCUCGGCAACAUCCGUGGGUCCACCAACUCCAAGAAUCACACGGAACUCUCGGUACAAAGCGCUAAAUUUUGGGACUUUAGCUGGCACGAAAUUGGUAUUUACGAUACACCCGCUAUGAUAGACUACAUAUUGGACUAUACCGGUCAGAAGCAACUCUUCUACAUAGGCUUCUCUCAAGGAACAACGCAAUUUUGGGUGCUGAUGUCUCUCAGGCCGGAAUACAACGAAAAGAUCAAACUCAUGUCCGCUUUAGCUCCUGUCGCUUACAUGGGACACAUCAACGGACUAUUAAAAUCUCUUAGCUACAUCGCUUAUGUUUUCAAGGCAUUUUACAAGUACACCGGAUAUUUCGAGGUUCUAUCAAGCACGUUCAUGUUGAAAGGCAUAGGAUACAAUUUCUGUAGGAAAAAUAUGGUAACUCAGCCCAUUUGUGAGGCAUUAGUCUACCUGAUUGGCGGUUUCAGCAAUGGAGAAUUAAAUCAUGUGGACAUGGCGACAUACAUGCAAUUCUCUCCCGCGGGUUGCUCGUUUAAGCAAUUGGUUCACUACGCGAUGGGCGUUCAAAAUCCAGGGCAUUUUCAGUUUUACGAUUACGGUAUGGUAUCAAACUUUAAGAGGUACAAUCAAAUCACGCCGCCUGAGUACCCUGUGCACAAAAUUACAGCACCAGUAAGUUUAUACAUCGGUUUGAACGAUUGGUUGGCUCCUCCAAAGGACGUGGACAUAUUGAGCAAAAAAUUGCCGAAUGUCGUGGACAAGUAUACGGUGACAUUAAAGAAACUAAAUCACUUCGACUUUCUGUACGGUUUACAUAUACGAAGCCUUGUUUAUAAUCAUGUGGUUGAAAGGAUGAACUCCAUUCCGUAA